CGUAGUUUUCUUGUUUUUUUGGGAUCAUCUGUUUUUUUAAUUUAUUUUGGACCCGUGUUUUUUUUCUCGUUUUGUUGAAUUUUUUGUGGCUCCCACACAGAUUGACUGGAUUAGGUGUCAGCAUCAGGAGGCGGGGGACAACAGCAUUUACAUGUCUGACUAAGGAACUUGAGAGACAAGUUGUUCCUCGGUGUCUGGCAGUGCAAGCUUGUUUAUUGUGUCCUGAUCUGUGUCAGAUCAGAGAGAAGUGAAAGUUGAUACCCUGAUUUAAACAGUUGUCUUGAACUGAAACCGGCUACAUUCAUUUGAAAACGUGUUGUACGAUGUGUGAGAUCCAAUGGAAGGCAGAAAUUGGAAACCAUGAUUGAUGCCCAUAUCAUCCACCGUGUUUUAUGAGCCGCAUAGGAAAAUGGAUGGAGAGGAUGUCAUGCUCACAGUGUGACGGCGUGAUGUGUGUUGUGCCUGAUUCACUUUGUAUUGUCUUUGUAUUGGCUGGUCUUUUUGUAGUAGAUCGUAUGUAAACAGGUGUCAGGGGGAGGGUCAAGUAGAGAGGAAGAGGGGAGAGGAGGGAAGUUAUUUAGUUAAUAUGUUUGUACUUGGUUUGUAGAAAAUCUCUUGGAGGGCACGUAUCUGUUCGUUUCUGGGAAGUGCUGGGCAACUGCCUACAUUACGUGGGAAAUAUUUAAAAUAGUCUGCUGAGACCUUCCUGGAUAUCACUGUAUUUUUGCCUUGGAGAGCAACUAUGUCUUGCCACAUGCAAUCAGUGUUUCCCGUUCUGGCCCAGGAAGCAGACUUGGCCCUCUGUCGAUGUGAGGAUGGAGUGGAGACAGCCCUGCAGUAUGCAAAGAUGUGGUGCCGCUACGCCAAGGACCUUCUCGCCUGGAUGGAGAAGAGAAUCAGCCUGGAACAAGAGUUUGCAAAGAAUGUUAUCAAGACAGCCGAGGGGGCCAAGACCAACGUUUGGCAACAGGAAAUGAUGCCACUACAGUACAUCUAUAACAUGGCUCUGGAGCAAGACAUUAAGAACAGUUUGACCUCCCGAAAGACCUGCGAGCUGCUUCAAACACGUUGCUAUCAGGCAUUGGCUGCGAAGAGAAAUGAGAUCGAUAAGUGGCGCAGAGAGUUUAAAGAACAGUGGGCAAGGGAACAAAGGAAGAUGAAUGAUGCAGUGACAGCUUUGAAAAAAGCCAGGCAUCAGUACUUCCAGCGCUGUGACGAGCUGGAAAAAGCCAAGAUGGUCUCUGCUAAAGCUGUGGAUGACACAGCAGGAAGCAAAACACUGGAUAAAAGGAGGAAAUCCAAGGAUGAAGCCCAGGCAAAGGUAAUAGAGUCUGAGGUUCAGUACCGACAGUGUGUGAGUGACGCCAAGAUCCACCAAGAUGAAUUAGUGAAGGUUAAGGAGAGAAUUAUUUCUCACAUUCGCAAGCUCAUUUGUCAAGGAGACACUGUGCUCAAAGAGGUCACAGUCAACAUGUUCUACUUCCAACGGCAGCAAACGGAGCCGGUUCCACUUGGCUAUCACAACCUGGAGAUGACAUGCAGAUCCCUGGAGCCCGGUGAACCCUAUCUGCUUUACAUUCUUAGCAGACGUCGUCCUGAGCACCUGCUACAAACAUUUACCUUUCAAGAGUAUGUCCCACAUGGCAAAAGAAGCAAAAGAAAAACAAGUGGCCCCACCUCUGUGCUGGACUCAUCUCUCUUGGCAGAGGAUAAUUCUUUCAAACGAACAAGUGACAUAAGGAAGAUAGGACACAGUGACUGUGAAAGUAUUGGUGGCAGCUUGGAAUCAUUAUCCAGUCCUGCUCACAGGAGACUGCCUAAAACAGCGUCCACUCUCACAGUGUCGUCAGACGAUCUGGACGAGAAAGAUGUGGGCUCAGAAUCAGAGUAUGUUGAUGUUCAAUCUGUGAAGCCACGGAUGUUUUCUCAAGCUGCCCUUACUCACCGGCUAAAGAAACUGAAAAGCAAGAUGAUCAAAUGCAGGCAGUGUGACAACUACAUAGUUGUCAGCGGACUUGAAUGUGAGGAGUGUGGGCUGGCUUUGCACAGGAAGUGUAUGGAGGUGUGUCAAAUUGAGUGUGAGCACAAGAAAGGGACAGUGUUUGGAGUGGACCUCUCUCUGCUCUCACAAGACACAGCAGAUGAAGUGCCAUUCGUUGUGACGCGCUGCACAUCUGAGAUCGAAAGUCGAGCUCUGUCUGUCCAGGGUGUGUACCGAGUGAGUGGAUCCAAACCGCGCAUUCAAAAGCUCUGUCAGGCCUUUGAGAUGCAGAAGGAGCAGGUGGAUCUUUCAGACAAUUCACCACAUGAUAUCACCUCCAUGCUUAAGCACUUCUUUAAGGAGCUUCCAGAACCUUUAUUAACCUUUGACCUGUACAAUGAUUUUGUUGCGGUGGGAAAAGCCAUUCAGCAUCUGUUUGAAAAGGAAACCUCACCAGGUUCUAAUGAGAUCAUGGACAUCGUGCAAGACCUCCAAAAGCUUCUGAAGAGGCUUCCUACACAUUCCUACAGUACUCUGCAGCACAUCAUUUCCCAUCUGCAAAGAGUUUCAGAGAACCAUGAAAAUAAGAUGUCCCCCAGCAAUCUGGGGAUAGUGUUUGGACCAACAUUAUUGCGCCCUCUAGUGUCCGCAGAUAUGUCAAUGAUUGCCAUCUUGGAGACGAGCUACCAGUCGAUGCUUAUUGAGUUUCUCAUUACACACUACAAUACGAUUUUUGGCCAAAAAAGGACGCUGAGUACUCCCCCUCCACCGGCACCCACAGCGCCCCUUCCAGAAACCCCACCCAGAGCUUCCUGCCCACUGGAUGGAGAAGCUGAUGCCAACUUGAAAAAUGUCAGCUCAUCCAAGCAGAGGCCACACUCAGCAGAAAGCCGAACUUUCAAGAGAGAUUCAAGCGAGGGUUAUAUAUCUGACAAGUCUUCCUCCAAUGAGGCAGUGGACCAGCUCAGCCCUGAAGCCAAUGAGAGAGCAGUUAUGGCUAUGAGAGUUGCGUUGAAUGAUGUGGAGGAAUCUGCCUCAGAUUUGGCCACCCAACCACACUAUCGCUUCACAAGACAGCCUGUGAAGUACCAUCGGCAUCAAUAUUCAGGGCCCCGACUCUUUAACCCAGACCGAGCAAAAAAGCAGCCAGCAGCUCUACUGAUGGAUUAUCAGGGGAGUGCAGACAGCAGCCGCAGCUCUUCUCCAGAACCAGGGGCACAGAGGCUUUCCCAAACUUUAGUUGGCCACAGUGAGAACAUUCAACAGUCCCAACAAGUCGCUGCUGCCACAGAAGAAAAAAUGGAUGUCCCACUUAGCCCUCGUGAGGUCGCUCAGUACAUGCUGGGUUUGGAUUCAGCUUUUACACAACCCCAAGCGGUGGGAUCAUCCAGCACAGCUCAGAAGUCAAGUCAAGAAGUAAUAACCGAGUGGCAAAGAAUUCAAAGUGUAAAUAUGAACAAUAACCAGCACAGCACUGAAAAAAAGAGACACAAUCUUACAACUAAGAGUAUUCAUCUGGAGCAAAACAAGAUCUCUUCAGCCCAGAAGAUUCUGUCCGGUCUGAGGUUAAGACGCAGCAGCUCAGGUAAAGACGAGCAGCUGUUUGUCUGAGAAAAGAGGAAAAGAUUCUCAGAAACCGGACUGUAAAUACACACACAUUAACUUGGAUAUUGCCAGGGAUUCCUGUUACUGUAUUCAUGAUAGUGUAAACAUGCUUUUUGUAUGUUAUUCGCACACUUAACUUUUACAUCCAAAAUUCUAACCAUGGAAGAAAACACUGUAAAAUAUACCUUCAAUUUCAUUUUUCCAUUUAGAACAGUAAACAUUUCAUUUUAUUACCCCUAAUGCCGCCUAUACUUUGAUGUGUUCAGCAUUUCACGCUGCAGACCAUUCCAUGUAGAUUGCCUUAUUUCUAUUGUGUUUUGAUAUAACAAACAGAUAGAAACUGAACGUAGGGCAUUUAUUAUAAUUCUUUUAUUUUAAAGAAAAUGCCUUUUUAUUUUUGCUGGGCUUUUAAUGUCUCUGGAUGAAAAUCUGGCAAAUAAAGGCACAUUUUAUUAUU